AUGUCGUCGCAGGCGUACCCAGUGAUCGACCACACGUACGACGCAGUGGUGGUGGGGGCGGGCGGGGCGGGGCUGCGGGCGGCCAUUGGGCUGUCAGAGAGCGGAUUCAACACGGCCUGCAUCACCAAGCUCUUCCCAACGCGCUCGCACACCGUCGCCGCGCAGGGCGGCAUUAACGCGGCGCUGGGCAACAUGACAGAGGACGACUGGCGCUGGCACAUGUACGACACCGUCAAGGGCAGCGACUGGCUGGGCGACCAGGACGCGAUUCAGUACAUGUGCGAGCAAGCACCCAAGGCGGUGAUUGAAUUGGAGCACUACGGGCUGCCCUUCUCGCGCACUGAUGACGGCCGCAUUUACCAGCGCGCGUUUGGGGGGCAGAGCCUGGACUAUGGCAAGGGCGGGCAGGCGUACAGGUGUGCGUGUGCAGCGGAUCGCACGGGGCAUGCGUUGCUGCACACACUGUACGGGCAGGCCAUGAAGCACAACACGCAGUUCUUCGUAGAAUACUUCGCUCUCGACCUCAUAAUGGACAAGGAGGGAGCCUGUCGGGGAGUGAUCGCACUGAACAUGGAGGAUGGCACACUGCACCGCUUCCGAUCCAACUCCACCAUUCUGGCUACCGGGGGCUACGGGCGUGCGUAUUUCUCUGCCACGUCAGCGCACACGUGCACGGGCGACGGUAACGCCAUGGUGGCGCGUGCAGGACUCCCCCUGCAGGACCUGGAGUUCGUGCAGUUCCACCCCACCGGCAUUUAUGGCGCUGGCUGUUUGAUUACUGAAGGGUCACGCGGAGAGGGUGGCAUUCUGCGCAACAGCGAGGGAGAGCGUUUUAUGGAGCGCUAUGCUCCGACGGCCAAGGACUUAGCCUCCCGGGAUGUGGUGUCUCGCAGCAUGACCAUGGAGAUUCGCGAGGGGCGCGGGUGCGGGCCACUCAAAGACCACAUCUACCUGCAUCUGGACCACCUGCCGCCUGAAGUGCUGAAGGAGCGUCUGCCUGGCAUCAGCGAGACUGCGGCGAUUUUUGCGGGAGUGGAUGUGACGAAGGAGCCAAUUCCAGUGCUGCCGACGGUUCACUACAAUAUGGGAGGCAUUCCGACCAACUACCAUGGGGAGGUCGUGGCACCCAAGGAAGGUAACCCCGAUGCAGUCGUGCCAGGCCUCAUGGCAGCAGGCGAGGCGGCGUGUGCAUCGGUGCAUGGAGCCAACCGUCUGGGCGCCAACAGCCUGCUGGACAUCGUGGUGUUUGGUCGGGCGUGUGCUAACAGGGUCGCGGAGAUUCACAAGCCAGGCGCGCCCCAGCCCCCUCUCCCUGCAGAUGCGGGGCAGAAGACGAUUGAGUGGAUGGACAGGCUGCGAUACGCCAAGGGCGAGCUCAGCACUGCCAAGAUCCGAGGCAACAUGCAGAGGGUCAUGCAGAACAACGCCGCUGUGUUCCGCACCCAGGAGACUCUUCAGGAAGGCUGUGAGCUGAUUGACGAAACGUGGAAGUCAUUCGAGCAAGUGGGAGUAACGGACCGCAGCCUCAUCUGGAACACGGACCUGAUUGAGACAUUGGAGCUGGAGAAUCUGCUCACCAAUGCGCUCAUCACCAUGCACUCGGCUGAGGCGAGGAAGGAGAGCAGAGGAGCGCAUGCUAGGGAGGACUUCCCGAACCGUGACGACGUCAACUGGAUGAAGCACACCGUCGGGUAUUGGGACAAUGGCAAGGUGAAACUUGAUUAUCGCCCGGUGCACAUGAACACACUCGACGACCAAGUGCAGACCUUCCCACCCAAGGCUCGGGUGUACUAA